AUGAGACUAGUACAGCUACUUGCACCAGGCAAUGCAGAUACACUCGGCACUGAACUUCUUGAAAGUUUAUUGAAAAUGGCUCCAACAAAGGAAGAAGAACGUAAGUUGAAGGACUUCAAAGAUGAUUCACCAGUCAAGCUUGGUCUUGCAGAGAAAUUUUUGAAAACAGUUCUUGAUAUACCGUUCGCGUUCAAAAGGGUGGAUGCAAUGCUCUACGUAGCUAACUUUGAGAGAAAGUCUUUCAAAACUCUGGAGACUGCUUGCGAGGAAUUGAGAACCAGUAGGAUGUUCUUAAAGCUUCUAGAGGCUGUACUCAAGACUGGGAAUCGCAUGAACGUUGAAACAAACUGUGGUGAUGCCCAUGCCUUUAAACUCGAUACACUCCUAAAGCUUGUUGAUGUCAAGGGUGCGGAUGGGAAGACCACACUCUUGCAUUUUGUUGUACAAGAAAUCAUAAGAACUGAGGGUUCUCGUCUUUCAAAUACUAAUGACCAAACAGAUAGCUCCACUUCAAACGAAGAUGCACGGUGUAGAAAGCUUGGUUUACAAGUUGUGUCUGGUCUCAGUUCAGAGCUCACCAAUGUGAAGAAAGCUGCUGCAAUGGAUUCCGAGGUACUUAACAGCGAUGUCUUGAAGCUUUCUAGAGGCAUCGAAAACAUCAAUGACGUUCUGAGAUUAAAUGAAACAAUGAUCAGGCAAGAGCAAAGAGAAAUUUUCAGAAUCGAUGAACAUGUUUAUGAAAAUGGCAGAGUAAGAGAUUAUAAGGAUUCGAGCCCAUGA